AUGCCGAAUAGAAAGAAUGUACGCGACCUGAGCAGGCUCUCAGGGAAGCCUCUCAAAGAAACCUUAGAGUCAAGCAGUCGGGUACUGGAAACGGACUCGGAUGGUUGGCUCACAUCUUCAGACCUCAGCGAAGCUGGACUGUCAUUCUCUCCAGGAAGUUUCUACGAAACUGCAAUUUUCCUCAUGGCCAAUCCAAACAUCACGUCAAGCCACUUGUUCCGCGCGGAUAUACUAUUCGAUAGCCAAGGAAUCCUGAAAACACCUCAGCAGGAUGAAGAGCUUGCUGGAACAUCUGGUGCGGUUGCACCAGAAGUACCAGAGGCUACGGUCACGGCCAAGCCGGCAGCUCGAGUGACUGGCUUUGAUCUGGUCAGGACCGUCAUUCGAAAAUUGAUUCCUCGAAAUCAAAAUAUCGAUAAGUCAAUUGUCCAAACUUGUCAUUUCUACAAAUCCCAAACUGCGUCGGCGGGAAGUGAUGAUGGAGAACAUGCGAAUAACGGUCCAUGCUUACAACGAUCAAGCGUGCUGACUAUGACUCUUCCACAUAUCGAGUCUCAAGAGGACGUACCUUUUUAUCAUCCACAGCUGAGAGGUUUAGCUACUUUAUAUGACUUCCAAGGCUCAAACACUGGUAUUAUGUCUGUGCACUUCCUGCCAUUCUCAAGUGAUAUCCCCGAUCGGCUGGAGCGCACGUUGCAUAUCCUCCUCAAUUUCUACGUUCGACUUACUCGUGGUGCUAAGGAUAAGCCUGCAAGUGAAGACACGUCGACAAGCUCUUCCAAAGACAAUCUCGUCCCUCGUCACAUGGCUCAGAACACCUAUGCACGACUCAAGACUCUAUAUGCCGCUGACCUUUGCGAGAACUGGGCUGAGAACACCGAACCAAGCAAGCACGUCUACGAAGAUUUAGCCAUCACUGCAUUUCUCAUCGAAUUAUGGCGAAUGAUGUACGGUGUCGUUCCGCCUAAAGAGAGUCCCACUGAGAAAAACGCAACGGCCAACAAAUUCCCGGGAUUCGUGGACAUGGCGUGUGGAAAUGGAGUGCUAGUCUACGUUCUUCUCAUGGAAGGCUACUCAGGCUGCGGAUUCGAUGCCCGUCGACGGAAAUCAUGGAGCAUCUAUCCUGAAUGGGUCCAGGAACGUCUCACGGAGAAAAUCCUCAUUCCCAAGCCCUUUGCAGAUAUCACUGAAGCUGGCGAUAUUGGUGUGAAUAUAACCACGGGUGAUUUCCCGCGCGAUACAUUCAUCAUAUCUAAUCAUGCCGACGAACUUACCGUAUGGACUCCGCUUAUCGCUGCUCUAGCGUGUCCAGAAUCUCCCCUCCCAUUCAUUGCCAUACCAUGCUGUUCUCAUUCGCUUGCUGGAUCUCGAUAUCGCUAUCCCCUUCCAAAGGGAACCAGGCCGAAGACUGCAACGCAUGCCGUUGAAGAAGGAGGUCAACAGACAGAGCAGAAUCCGCAGCCAGCCUCGGGCGAUCUCAAGGCAUUGCGCGCCGCGAAACAAGCAGAGAAGACUGAGAAGGGCAUGUGGACAUCCAUGUAUGGUCUUCUCACAGCGAAAACCAUCACUGUCGCCGAGGAAGCUGGGUAUCAUGUUGAGAAGACUCUCCUUCGCAUCCCGAGUACAAGAAACAUGGGAGUGAUUGGAGGUCGGCAAUUAGUGGCCGAGCAGUGGAGGCAGCUAGAUUUCAGUGGUACAUCCACAGCGGCCAAGGAUGGAUUAAAUCGGGCUUCCCAGGUCGUGCAGAAGGUUAUGGAUAUCGUCGAACGCGAAUGCUCAAGGGAGGGGGGAAUACAAGCUUCUGCACAGAUUUGGAUCCAACGUGCACAGGGUCUCCAGAAAGAUCAAGGAAAAGCCACCAACCACACAGAGGAUGUUCAGAUACCCAACUAG